AUGGCAACAUUAGACGUGUGGGAGAAGAGAGAGGCCAGCGAGGUUAAUGGAAACACACACUUAAAGUGGACUCCUGUGCCAUUUACUCCGGCUCACGUGUCUCUGGGACUCUGGCUGGCAGAAAGUGAUCAUGGAAUAAACUCUGACAUACUGAACCCACAGAUCACACGUUUCUUCCUGCAUCUUGUUCGACUUCGUAAGGAGGGCUACACAGUGCAGGUGAAUGUCAAUGACUACCUGGAUAUCUACUGCCCUCACUACAACAGCAGCCAGAGAGGCGUAGCCGAGCAGUACGUGCUCUACAUGGUCAGUUAUCGUGGUUACCGGACAUGUGACCCACAGCUGGGCUUCAAACGCUGGGAGUGUAACCGUCCCCACGCCCCACACGCACCGAUCAAAUUCUCGGAAAAGUUCCAGCGCUACAGCGCCUUCUCGCUGGGUUACGAGUUUCAUGUUGGGCAGGAGUAUUAUUAUAUCUCCACACCCACUCAUCACCACGGCCGGAGCUGCCUGAGAUUAAGAGUGUAUGUCUGCUGCUCAACAGCAUCUGAUUCAGAUGAUGAGCCUCAGCCCACAGAGCCAGACUACACUCUAAGACCUAACAUCAAAAUCGAUGACCUCGAUGACUAUGAUAAUCCAGAGGUCCCGAAAUUGGAGAAGAGCAUCAGCGGUAGCAGUCCAUCCAGAGAUCGCCUUCUCCUAACCGUGGCAUCACUUUUCCUUAUCGCACUUUCGGUCUCCUAGCAUCCACCUUUUGACUGUCGCCAUACCAACGAGGCCUUGGGUGGGGUUGGGGGAAGGAAGGGUCCAGGGCCGAUAAGUUUGCAGAUAAAGACUAGGAAAGAAACUGGAAAUGCAACACUUGAUGCUGCAGCAGCUUUAGGAGUGUCAAGCACCAGCCCACAAUUCAACAGUGGAUUUCAUGUCUUACAACAGCGAAACACUUUGCGUGUCACGCAGACAAUUAAUACAACCUUAAUGAGAACUGUGCCAUUUUUAGUAACAAUAGUGCAUAUUGUUUGUUGUGUGUGUGUGUGUUUGUGUGUUUAUGCAUUUGUGUGGCGCCUUCGGUGCUCGGUGGUGGAGCGGAUCUUUACUUCGGUCUGAAGGUUUGAUGGCUCCAUUAUCUGUGAAUUGGCAGGUUAAAAGUUUAAAAGCAUCUCUGAUUCUGUUUGAUGAGAACUGAAAUGAAACUGUCGAGGAGUUCAGGUUACUCGAAACCAGAAAAAACAAACAAACAGGAGCACCGUUUAAUCUGAUUGCAAAAGUAUUUGUUUCUCUCUGUGUGUUUCUGUUGCCAGAGAGAAGUACGAAGCGCUGGAUGAUCAUGUAAUUGCUGUCAAAGAUGAACUGCGAUAUCAAUUUGAUGAGUUUAAACAAGCCUGUAAUAGAAACCGAUCUCACAGACUUUUAAACAAACAAUUUUGGACUUUUCUAUUGACAAUACCACAAUUUAUAAAGCAUUAAAUUCCAAUUAGAUCUGAUUCUUAUUUGAACGUAUUGUGGCCGCACAUGAAGGCAGGGGCUGAUAUGGUUGGUCUGUGAUGCAGAAAAUUGAGACAGAAGUGAUUUUGCACAAGUGCCAGCAUAAAUGCAUUAAACACAUUGAGACAAACAGAAGCCAAAUAGCUUUUUUUUGUUGUUGUUUUCUUUCCUUCUCCCUUUUGAUAAAAGGUGCUUGAGUGAGUGAGCGAGCGCAAGUGUGUAAGUGCAUUAGCUCAGUGAUGCUGGAAAAAUCUCCUCCAGACUUUAUGGACUUCAACCGGAGGUGGACACCUACACAGACACUGUACAUAAAACACAUGCAUUUAUUUAUGUGUGGACAUUGUGGAUGACCUCGGCUCAUUCAUUCGGACCAUGCUGAUUCCCGCUGGAUUUGAAAGAACUCCAAACCAGUUUUUGCUGGUUCGUUUCUAAUUUGAACCAGUUCCACGUAUCGCUGCUUGCUGCUUGACUUCUUUCAGUGGUGAUCAGCCAGACCAAAUGGAAAUUGAGGGGUCUGGUGGUUAUAAUCUGUUUCUACGGCAACAGUUAUUCAUCUAUACACACACCUAAAGGCACUAGAGUCCAGCUGGAAAUCAGAACAACACACACAGAAAGAAAUAACAGCAAUUACUGGCAAUGGUUCUGGUGACACUUUUGCCAAGAGUAAUACAAGCAAACAAAUGCUUCAGGGCAGAUAGUUAUUGCAUUCUUGCGAGCUUUUCAAGGGAUAAACGGCAGCGUAUGCAUCAAUCAUUUUACAACAAGGUUCAAAAUUAAGGUUCUAACUCUUUUAGACUGGCACCUUAUCACGAUGGCAAAGACAUCAUAUCAUGGCUUCAUGAUGAUAGCAGCAACCAGCGCCGCUUUUCGCCCUAGAGACAAGCAACUGCUGCUUAAACUAUAGUGAUGGCAUGUGGUUUAGCAGAAAUGAUGUGUGGUAGAAGUUUUCUAAUGUAGAGUCAUAAUGGACACCUUCUCUCACACCUACAGGCUGUCUUUAACGUAUUGAUAAAGCCGUUUAUUGUAUCAUUCCACUUUUGCUCUGAAAAAUCAUUUCAAUUUAUGUGGAACAUUACGUCUGCUUUAUAUUCCAUUGCUGUGGCUGCUGUUUUCACUGAUCUAGAGCAACUUCAGAACAAAGGAACACUAAUUUGAAUGCUCAGAAUGAUACUUUACAGACUUGAAUCUACAUUUAAUUUGUUUCAUGUUGUCAUUUCUAUGAAUUGGGUUGAGAAUAAGAAUGUUUUUGUGCUUUUUGUUUUUUUUUUCAGGAGUUUGUUUUUCUGAUGGAAUAAUGUAAUAUUUCAGAGGAGUCGAUCAGGCAAAGUCUCACUCUUCAAAUGUUGCACUUACAAAACUUGGACACGAGAAUUUGUGCGUGUGUGUGUGUGUUAGAGACUGCAGUUGUUACAAGUUGACGUUUGUCUUAAAACUAGCCUAAAUAACCUUUCAGUCUUGUAUGUGUGUGUAUGAGAGAGAGACAGAGUGAGAGAAAGAGAAAGAAUGAGAGAUCAAAAGGUAAUAAAGAUAAAGGACGGUGUGAAUGUGUGUGUUUAUGCGAGCUGUUUUCCAUUGUUUAGUCUAGGCAUUUUCUUUGUGAGUGGGUGCAAGUCAAAGAAACGGUAUUGUUUUGGAGGAACAAAAGCAUUUAUUAGUGUUGGAAACAACCGAAUACAAUCAUGUUUACCUUCAACUGGAAUGAAUUUAAAGAACUUGAAAAAAAAAAAAACUGUAAACUGAACAAACCAUAACAAAACUUAUGAUAAUAAUAAUAAUAAUCAUGAUAUAAAAACAUUAAGCCUUUGAUUCAUAUUUGUUUCAUACACAACAUUUUUUAUGAACUCAUAUGUUUGGGUAUUGAAAUGUCCAUUUGAAUUUGAUCACUGUCAGUGGAAACCAAAUCUAAUAUGAGUACACAAACAUAAUCUCCCCCUCACCCUGACUUCCCAUCUACUCAUUAAAUGUAGUUUCAGGUUUCUCACUGCUGUCAGCAAAAACAAGCCAUUCUUAACCAAUCUCGCAAUCACUUGUAUUUUGUGCACUCCAUCAUCUCUUUCAGAUCUAUUAUCAUAGUGUCAGUUAUGUCUGCAGAGUGUGUAAGAAGCAAACAGCACAAAGAUGAAAGGAUUUCUAUCUGACCUGAUGCUGAAACCAUCUCAUCUAAUCACUGCUACAUGAAGAUAUCUCUACAUAUCAAACAACACAUUGUUGGGCACGGGAAGACACUUUUUUAAAACUGAUAACCAUCCAAGCAAUUUUGAGAUUCUUUUGUCUGCCGGUGCUAACUUUGAGCAAGAUAACGUAAAGGUCUACCUUUACUACAGAGUUGAAACAGAAUAUCGAUAAUUAAUUAAUGUUUUUUUUCUUUUUUCUCAGCCCUAAAAAUAAAUU